AUGAACCUCGUAAGCUAUUGUCUGCUGAGUGCUGCACUGGCAGCAGUACUAUUGCUUACGGUUUAUUCGUCUACACCUCGUCCUGCCGGUCGAGAUCCAAUCGACAGCAAAGAGGUGAAAUGCCUCGUUUGUAGAGCAACGAUGAACGAAAUGGAAUUAGCUAUGUCCAAGCUGGAUUCAAAGAAGAAAAUGGAUGUCGUAGUUGAUCUACUGCAUGGUACGACGAGUCGUGCUCAGUCGGCGGCAAAGUAUCUCACAGAACUAGAGGAAUCCGUCUGCGAACGCAUCGAGGAGUACGCCAAGGCUCGCUACAAGACCGACGGAAAAAUGGUUCUGCUAAAACCGUUGAGCAAGUUUGGCACCGGUUCCGAAAAGCCUGAAGUGAAUUUUGUACAGGAGGGCAAUCUGAAUAUAACUUUGAAACGCCUGUGUUUGGAGCUCGUAGAAGAUCACAAGGAGAGUAUCGUGAAGAUGUUUCAGCAAAAAGAAGCGGGCAAGAACACAGGUGCGAGGCUGUGUUCGGAGGUUGCCAACAUUUGCGACGGGUUUCCGCUCGAGGAUGAUUACGAGUUCACUGAAGGUAGUUUCGACAUCAAGACAGACGGCGUUGGUACACCCGACGGAGAAGAUAUUAAACAUAAGGAUUUGGAUUCGAACUGA